AUGGCAUCUUAUGGAAAUGACGAGGAUUUCCAUGCUGCAUUUUAUGAAGGAAAGGACAAAAUCUAUUUUCCUACUUGUUGGUAUCAAAGACAUGCUCCCCGUAUUGGGGAAACUGUAGUAAUCAAAGAUGAACAUGGGAACAACGUUAUUGCUUUUGUAAACAAAGGUGACAAACCAUACCUAGAGUUUAACCAAACAAAACUCAGGUUGAUGUACCAGCUAACAGUUUUUGGUUUAAUUAAACUAAAGUUAGUUGAUGAAAAUAAGUUUGAGAUGAAAGUUAUGGGACAUUACCUAGGAAAAAUAGACACAAACGAUCCAGCUAAAUAUUAUGGUCAUUGGGGUUAUGAUCCAAUGUGGAUUUUGGAGAUUUCUGAAUUCAUGGCAACAGAAGGGAAACCUUUGAUGAUACCUGACUCCGUGGUGGAUAUCAUUUACCACGACUCAGUAGCUUAUGAGCUUGAGGUGUCCAUCUCCGAGACAACUGAAUGCUAUACUUGGGAAGUGCAACAUACGAGUGUUAAUUUUCUAAUAGCGGUACUGAUGGCUGCUGGGCUUGGAGCUGAAGCUGGUAUAGUUAGGCUGUGGGGAUUUGUGUUUAGGAGUUAUUAUUCCCUUUUGUAUAUGGAAGCUACUGUUUGUGCUUGA